UUCCAUACUUUUAAUUUUAAAAUUGAGUUUCGUUUAAAGUUUAAUAGAAAUUGCAUAUGCCAUCCUUAUUUUGUGAUAAAAACGUAAGGUGAUAAAUUCAUUUGCAAUCAAAGGCACUGCUUUCUUCUUUAAAAAAAGUGGAUUCCGUGGACAACCGUCGCAGUGCGUAUCGCGUGCCACAUCUGUAGUGCCACGCCCAUACCUGCCACCACGUGGCAAGUUGUCCAAGGGACUGCUGUCGCAACACACCUCGGCCUAGCUGUUGAAGUUUAAAAGGCGCGUAAGCUGUUUUCACAUUUUUAUUUCUAACGUGGAUAACUUUAAACUUGACAUUUUAUUUUUAAAAUUGUAUUUGACUUGUUUGCUAGCCCAGUUAAAAACAUAAUUCAACAUGGCUGAGGCAGCUAAAAGGGAGGCUCUUCUAGCAGAAUUGCGUACUAAACGCGGAUCGAUUAAAGGUCAAGUUUCCAAAUUCCGCAUUUACUUAGACAAAAUUUCAGAUGAUGAAGUGUUAUCAGGUGUUAAAUUCAAUGAGCUGACCUUAAGAUUAAACAAAGUUAUAGAGUUAUCCACGCGACUUGACGAGCUGCAAACUUCAAUCGAAGUUGCUAAUUUUGAAAAUUUAGACACUGAACUUGCAGAACGGGACAACAAUGAAACCCAUAUCAAUAAUGCUAUAGCUGCAGCUCAGUGUAUUCUUGAACGCUCUCAAGCUCAAAAACCCUCUCCAGAGACUUCUGUCAGAACAUGUUCAUCGAACGGCUGUCAUUCUGAGCAUCUCGGCUUCAAGCUUCCUCAAAUUAAAAUCUCUAAAUUUGAUGGUUCAUAUUAUAAGUGGAUGGAAUUUAAGGACCUUUAUGAAUCUUUAAUUCACAAUAAUGAUCACAUUAAACCUAUUCAUAAAUUCCAUUAUCUGAGCUCUUAUCUUGAAGGGGAUGCGGCCAGAGUGAUAGCAAACUUAGAAGUCUCCGCUAACAAUUAUACUGAAGCCUGGAAAAUUUUGUGUGACAGGUUCAGUAAUAAAAGACAGCUGAUUACUAACCAUUUAAAUUCUCUAUUUAAUUUAGAACCUAUACAGCGAGAAUCGGAUAAGGCCUUAAGGUUCCUUAAUGAUCAUGUAGUUAAAAAUCUCCGGGCCCUAAAGACAUUAGGUCAACCGACAGAGCAUUGGGAUACAAUUUUAGUUCACCUAUUGACGGCUAAGUUAGACGUCAAUACUAAUGCAAAAUGGGAAGAACAUAGGAACACUCUCAAAGAGUGGCCAUCACUCGAUGACUUUAGGGGAUUUCUUAGUAAUCGUGCAGACAUCUUAGAAAAUCUGUAUCGCUCUAGGAGAGAAAAACAAUCUAACCACAAGCCAGAGCCUGUGGCCAAUAAAACUUCAUUUAAACAUGAUAAAAACAUAAAAACAUUCGUGAUUUCAGAGAAACAAGAUGACCACAAGGGUCGGCCGUGCAUCGUGUGCCAUGGUGAUCACAGAGUGUACGACUGCCCAGCCUUUAAAAAGAUGUCAGUCGACGAGCGCUGGUCGCAGGCGUCACGUCUGAAGCUGUGCCAUGUCUGCCUCCGACCGGACCAUGAGACCCGUCAGUGCAAGCUGAACGGUUGCCGGGUAUGUAAGAGACGUCACAAUACAUACCUACACACCACACAAACACUCAACACUUCUCCACCAGGAGCCAGCACGGAACAAACAGCCCAACCUGCAAAUAGUGCUAGGUCGGAUGUGGCUUGCUCCUCGACUAUGCUAACCUCUGACAGUGCAGCGGUGCAAAACACCCUCACUGCUAGCACUUUAAUUAGCACUAGCGAGUCAUUGCUCUCAACAGCUCUAAUUGAAGUGAUCAACCCUAUUAACAACAAAAAGGAGACAGUUAAAUGUCUUGUAGACAGUUGUUCACAGUCUAAUUAUCUAUCUCAUAAUUUGAGACAAAAACUAAAUCUUGAUUGUCAGCCUCUAACUGCCUCAAAUGUGACAGGAAUAGGAAAUACGCCUCUGACCUAUCAACCUGUGCUUUGUGCAGCUCAUAUUCAAUCUAAACUCAGUGAUUUUAAUGCCAAAAUUGACUUUCUAGUUUUAGAUCAAGUAACUAGUCGCUUUCCACAAAACUAUGUAGACAUUAGUCACCUUAACUUACCUGCCUCUGUGCAGCUUGCUGACCCAACAUUUAACGUUCCAUCCCAAAUAGAUAUGCUGUUGGGAGUGGAAAUGUUUUGGACUAUUGUGACAGGUGCUGCAAAAAGAUUGCCAACGAGCAAGCGCACCUUCCUAAUCCCAUCUAAACUAGGGUGGUUAAUAGCGGGACCGGUAGAGGGAGCCUCGGCUCAUUUACAUACAGGGAACACGCGCAGCCACCUCUGUCUCUCUGAUCUGUCGGCCCAAAUGACCAAAUUUUGGGAAACAGAGGAGCUACCGUCUGAAACGGACUCCAUCAAAAAUGGGAGUGAGUUCGAGUCUCACCCUAUAAACCAACACUUUGUUGAAAACACUUACCGCCAAUCUGACGGCAGAUUCGUUGUGCGCUUGCCUUUAAAGGACUCGCCGGACUGCUUAGGCAACUCAUUUAACAUAGCUAAAAAGCGUUUAUUCAGUUUAGAGAAACGUUUUAGUAACCAACCUGAACUAAAAUCAAUGUAUGUUGAUUUCAUAAAUGAAUAUAGAGACUUAGGGCAUCUGUCGGAGUCUGAGCGAUGUUACAAAGCUAAUCACCUCCCGCAUCACCCCGUGAUGAAGGAGAGUGAAUCUACACGCAUGCGCACAGUCUUUCACGCUAGCUGUCCCACCUCUUCUGGGUAUUCAAUAAAUGAUAUUCAGCUUGUAGGUCCUAACAUACAAAGCCCACUGUUUGACAUAUUGCUUAGAUUCCGACAGUACAAGUAUGUGCUAUCUGGUGACAUAGAAAAACAGUACAGGCAAAUAAUGAUGAAUGAAAUAGAUAGAAACCUACAAGUUAUUCUAUGGCGCGAAGAUGAGCACUUACCCAUACGCUCACUAACUUUAAAUACCGUUACGUACGGCUUUGCUUCAUCGAGCUGGCUAGCAGCACGCUGUUUGUGGCAGUUAGGGGCUGAAAGCAAGGAUCCUUUAGUUAGGACUAUUAUACAAAAUGACUUUUACUGUGAUGACUUAUUAACAGGCGCAGACUCUGAAAUAGAGCUGCUUCGUAUACAAGCAGGUGUCUCACAGGCCUUAGCCUCUGGUUGUUUCAAUUUACGUAAAUACCGCUCGAAUUCUAACGCGCUAUUAAAGUCGGAUUAUAUUAAUAAAGAUGAUCACUUAGCAUUGAGUCAAGCUUGCCAAACACUUGGACUAGGGUGGCAACCUAGCCAAGAUGUACUAAACUUUUCCAUUAAAAAUGAUCAUUCUGAUAAAAUAGUUACAAAAAGAAAAAUCUUAUCUGAAACGUUCCAAGUCUUUGAUCCAUUAGGACUCUUAAGUCUAUGCACAGUUAAAGCUAAAAUAUUAAUUCAAACCUUAUGGAAAGAAGGCAAAGCUUGGGACGAGCCAGUGUCUCCUGAAAUACAGCAUAUCUGGUCAAAAUUCAUUAAAAACUUACAUCACAUUAAAUCACUUAGCAUACCUAGAUAUGUAUUAUGUGAGGCAACCUGCACAAUAGAGUUACACUGUUUUUCUGACGCUGCGGAGACUGCAUAUGCAGCCUGCAUUUAUGUUAAAUCUAUUUCUGAAUCCGGUGAACAGAAAGUACAUUUGCUGUGUGCGAGGGACAGAAUUGCUCCAAUCCGUCGCACAUCUAUUCCUAGACUUGAAUUGGCCGGGUGCUUGUUAGCAGCCCAAACAUAUGCAGCCGUAGUACGAGCCUGGAGACGUCCUGUCUCUCGCACAAUAUUCUGGACUGACUCUAGCUGCUGCUUGGCUUGGCUAAAAACAGACAGAUCAAAGCUUAAAACUUUUGUGGCCAACAGGGUAGCAGCUAUAGACAGCCUUGCUCCCGGAGCCACCUGGAGACAUGUACCUACAAAACAAAAUCCAAGUGAUCUUGCAACUCGUGGUGUGGAUCCACAACAUGUCGCAGGGACAGCUCUGUGGUGGGAGGGCCCCGAGUUUCUAUUAAAGCCUGAGAAUGAAUGGCCAGAAUUAAACGCUGUAGAUCCGGAGGUCUUACCUGAAACUAAAGUAACAUCAAUGCUCACUACUAACACAGAAACCUCAUCUAUUAUAGAUUUUGACAGAUUUUCAAAAUACACAGAACUACAACGUACUAUGGCCUAUGUGCGUCGUUUCAUAAAUAACUGUAAGCCCCGUGGGCCUAAAUUAACUGGUACACUUUCAGCACAGGAGCUUACAGGCGCAGUUCACACUUUAAUUAAACUUGCACAGCAGGAGUCAUUCUCUGCAGAGCUUGAAACGCUUCGCAAAGGUCACAGGUUGAGUCCCAAGUCACACAUACUAACCCUGGCCCUGUUCAUCGACUCUCAAGGCCUCUUGAGAGUAGGCGGGAGGCUGGAUGCUUCAGAUUGUACUUACGAUCAGAAGCAUCCAAUGCCACUCACGUCGCUGCCGGGCCCGCCGCUCGACGACCGCAACCCGCACCGCCUGGACCGCUACCUGAGGCUGGAGCAGCUACGGCAACACUUCUGGAAGCGCUGGUCGGCCGAGUACGUGUCUCUACAACAGCAACGCUAUAAAUGGCGCGAGAGGCAACGUGAUCUACAGCUGGGAGAAGUAGUACUCAUCAAGGAGGAGGGCUUGCCGCCGCUACUCUGGCGCAUGGGCAGAGUCGUCAAACUAUACCACGGGAAGGAUGGCGUACCUCGCGUGGCAGACAUCAAUACCGCUAGAGGGGUGAUCAAGCGUGCGCUGAACAGAAUAUGCCCGCUCUCGUCACAACAAGAAUCCUGA